AUGCGCACCACGGCGCUCUUCGUGGGUCUACUUCCACAGCUUCAAGGGCGGGACACAGACCCAACUACCAGUAACGAUGGAGCAUACACCGAAGUCGUACAAGCCACGAGCUGGAGCUCCUCCGCGUCCUACUACACCACGUACGGCUCGACCGUCACGACCUACAUCCCUUGCCCGGUCAUCAUCAGCUACACAACGGUGCGGUACUGCUCGACCUGCAGCACGUGCGGCGGGAGCUGUGGUUCCACCACACAGGUGCAGACCACCACCACCAGCGCCACCGUCUGCGUGCCGAAACUGUGUUCCACGGCUGUCAACGACGUCGGCCAGGCGACCACCACGCCCUUCGUGGCGGGAGAGUACGCUAUCGCCUACGUGACGAGCAAUGGCGGCGGCGGACAACCCGCUGUGACGACGAGCAUCCCCGCGUCCUCGUGCACGGCUUACGAGCAAAUCGCACUCAGCGAGAUCGAUUGCCAGACCCUCCCUGUGUGCGGCGGCGGCGGCAGCGGAAGAAAUAGCGGACUCACGUGCGAAGCGAAGCCGUGCACCAAGUACACGGACAAGAACGGGGACGGGAACUACGACCCUGACGAAACCCUCACCGAGGGCACGCAGUACUUCUUCACCGAGUUCGCACGGCUCACCGUAAACGGCCAGGUCACAUCCACGGCGGCCAGUCUAUGCGAGGCGCUCACCGUCCCGACACCAUGGGCCGCCGAUGUCCAGGCCACAGUCGUCUGCGGUUCUGACGACAACAACAAUAAUAACGACAACACCAGUGCCGGCGACGGCGUCCAAGUCAUCACGUACACGUACACGACCGACGGCGCCACCGUCGUCGUCGCCACCACCCUCCCCUCGCGCGGCGGGCCUUUCCAUCUCACUGCCGCGGGCGACGGCAGCAGCAGCAGCAGCAGCAACAGUGGCUAUGGGCUCCGCGCCGGGGGAGAUCCAGGAACGACGGCCCUCUUCUGGACAUGUGUCGGCACGGCGCUCGUCGCGGGCGUGGGCGUGGGCAUGAUUGUUCUGUGA